UGGCAGUGGGAUGGCUGUGAGCUGAUUCCUUUUAGUGCCAGUUGUAGUUAUUUCUAGGCUCCCUCUCCUUCUGCUGAGAGCACGGAAUACAACUGGACAAGAAUAACUUCCCUUUACUCAUUGCAACAUGUGCUAAACUGAAGAUGGCUUUUAAAAGUUCACAUAUGAAAAUGCUUUACCCAACAUAAUGUUUGAUGUUUUUUCAUGAAGAAGAAACACAUUUUCAUUGUAAGAAUAAUAACUGAAUACUGUUUAUAAUGCCUCACACACGGUCGAGGAACACCAGCCCUGUUCCCGAAGUUAACUGGGAUGCAGGACUUAAGGAAAUGAACGAAACAUGGAAAGGAGCGAUCGCCUGUGUCGGGGUUGCGAUUUUCUUUAUCAUGACAAUUGGCAUUAUCUACUGGCAGGUGAUGGACCAACCUAACAAAAACUGGAUCCUGAAAGGCAGAGUCAGCGGACUCAUCUGGGAAAGGAACACUCACACAUUGAUACUGCAGACAUUAAGUGAAAACAAAACAUACGUGGAGAUUGAUGUGGGAAACUUUCCCGACAUGGAUCAAAAUUUUGUUAAAAACUUAUGUUGGCUCAAUAAGACAGACUUUUGCUAUACGUGGGAUUCAAUAACAGACCUUAAAAUUACACUAGAUCGCAAUUUCGCAGCUGGUACUGAAUGUUACAAUAUUACUUGGACCCCCAUACACUGUGAUGUGAGACUAAAGGAUUGUUUUUCAAUGACAAAUGUAUCGUGGUAUGGAGGAGGGAGCCUCAGUGCUCAGCACUGGCCCAUGAACAGCGUCAAUAUGGCUCUGCAACCAUUUGUGAUCAGCAACUUGAAAUCAAGUCCAGGUGCAUACGGAUCUGUUUUAGAAAGAUACUUUCUCGGAUCAACAGGAGUUUCAGUGCUGAUCAAUCCUAAUAUUCAAAUUUCCAUGUCCAUUGAGAAGAAUAAGUCAUUUUGUGUGGAAACACCUGCAAGUACAGAGAGAUUUCCACUUCAAUAUACCAUAUGCAUUGGUCAGACCAUCCAGUCUGUUCAUCAAGAGAUAGGAAGCCAGCUGUAUGAGAGCCAGAGAAUGCUUCCGGACAUCGCUAUUGUUAGGAGGCCAAUCUGGAAACACUAUGGGGUAUCCGAUUCUGCAGCAAAACUUGAAAGAGAAGUAAGAUCCUUCCAUAAUAAAUUAAGAAGGCAUGGCUUGGGAGAAUGCCUAAUAUCUAUCAAUGAACAUUCCACAAUGCUACUUUCUAGUAAGGACCAUGUAACUAUCACAGACCAAGGAAGAGAGACUCAAAGACCUCACAAAGAUCUACAUCCAUUUAAGCACCUCAAUCUUUCAAUAACCGCAUCUCCCUACCAAAGCGUUAACUCAGAGCAACUUCAAAGUUACCUCAAUAAAGGGCAAGAAAACUAUUGGCUCAGUCUUCAAUCAAAAUUAGAUGGAUCGCAGGCUCCAAUUCUUACAAAAUGGAAAGGACAGUUUUCUGUGAGAUUAAAUGUAACCAGUAAAGAUGCUGUUAACUGGUAUUUUAACAAGGUGAAUAAUUUGAGAAACAAACUUGGGGCUCAGUACAUCAUAUUUGAAGGAGCAGAAGGCAACACAUUUCUAGAGCAAUCAAUGCAACCUCCCAAAGGCUUGGAGGGUGACCGUUAUGCUGAAUAUCUAGCAAAAGCGAUUGCACAACUUGGAAAAUCAGCAAUAAUUACAGCCAGUGCAAGGUCUAAUUACUUACCACUCUUUGUUCAAAUGAGCCCCCUCCACUCAGACUGGAGCUAUCGUGGAAUAAAGGGAAUCGUUCCCUCUGUACUGCACUACAGUUUGUUAGGAAACAAUUUUUUCAUUCCAGAUGCAGUAGGUGGAACACUAGCUGAUGAAUUUUUAACAGAUGAAGAACUGUUCAUCAGGUGGCUACAAAUUGUCACCUUUCUACCUGUAAUGUCUUUUAAUACUCCCCCGUGGGUUUGCUGCAAUGAUUGGGUAUUGAAUCUGACAAGACGAUACAUACAGAAACAUCAGCACCAGGUUGUCCCUCUUUUAAUAAAAUAUGCUGAAGAGUGGCUUAGCUCAGGGAACCCCAUCUACAGGCCUGUCUGGUGGCUCAGUCCAGAUGACCCAACUGCAUUCACAAUAGAUAAUGAGUUUCUAAUUGGAGAUGAGAUGCUGAUUGCACCCAUCACUGAUAAAGGUUGUACUCAACGAGAUAUUUUCCUUCCUGGAAGGGAUAAUCAGUGGAUGGACACAAAUACUUUACAGGUGUUUGAUGGAGGAACCAUGAUACAAAACUAUAACUGCAGCCUGCAGGAAAUUCCAGUUUUUAUAAAGAAAACUUAAUAGAUGCAAAACUAUUAAAAUGCAAACGUCUAUCACUUCUAAGAAGACAAUUACGAUAGAAGUGUCUCUUAUUUUGAGAUGACUGCACUUUUCCAAGCACUCCAAGGAUCAGAUACUUCUAAUUAUGUUGCCCUUUGUAACUGUAUUGUGUUUUGCCACUGUACUUUAUAUAAUGUGAUUUCCUGAAAGGUGUCGCAUUCGUUCACAAUAUGAUCUACGAUUCUAGUGUGUAGUGAAAUUGAACAAACCAGAACAUAUACUUCAGUGUAGCAAAAACAGAGUCUUAGUAAGUAAGCUACUAUAUCUACCUCUCUUUAUUAACAAAGUGA